AUGUUGAAUAUUUUUAACAUUGUGAAAAAAUUUUUUAAAAUUUCACCCGAAUACACUACCGUAUUCUUGUUAGCAUGGUUUGGCUUAGGAACCAGACCGAUCACCUUCAUCCCUUUGUUUUUGCAUCCAUUAAUAUUAUUAUUAAUACGUUCAACUCCUAUGUAUAUUAAUUUGGGACUCUUCAUUGCAUUGGGAUGUGGAUCCGCGCUUUCGUAUUAUGAAACUUCAACCUCGUCUAUCGAGUCACCAUUUGACGACUACAAAGCACUUUUUGUAGUUGGAAGCGCAAUAACAACCUUGACAAUCAUUCCAGGGAUGAUAACAAAAUUUUUAAGUGAUCAUUUCGGGCUCAGCGAUUAUGACCCACCAACAAGAAAUAAAAUAAGCUUUUGGUCAAUAUAUCCAAUCAUUUGGACUCUGUCAUGGUCGUUGCUAAGACGAUACUCGCCAGUUGGUUCUUGGGGUGAUUGGAGUUAUACGUUGGACUCAUCCGGAUAUUCUGGAAAUCCUAUAAUGCAGCUUGCAUCAAUAGGAGGUUUAUCGGCCAUAAAUCUAUUGCUAUCAACGUGGUCGGUGAUUGCUAGCAAUCACAUUAUUUAUAAAUAUAAAAUAAAGGAUAGGAAGAAACGAUUGAUUUACCAACAAUCAAGAGACAAUGAAAAUACUCCUCUAUUAAUUUCUUCUUCUCGAAACACCCCAUCAAUACUAGCCAUUUCUAGUGGUAAUAAUAGAAUUACAAGACCAAUCGAUCCUGCAUUAACUAAUCUGGAACAGAAUUUAAAAUUUAAUUAUAAUGCGGCAUUAGGACUUUUUGUUUUUUUAUUUGGAGUAAUCUUUUUUUAUAAUUUUAGAUUAAGCCAUUUCGAAAAUACCGAACCAGUUGAAUUGAUAAGAGUUGGAUGUAUGUUACCAGGUGCUGGUAUAACACAUGAUGAAAUUUUGAGAGCUACGGCUGAUCUUGGUACCAGUAAAGCCGUCAAAAUUAUUUUAUGGUCAGAGUCUGCACUUCCGUUACAUUCUCAAGAGGAAUAUAGUGAAUUAUUAGAAAAUAUUUUAUUUGAAUAUCAAAAAACUCAUCCAGUAUGGUUGGCAGAGUCUUGGUCGACAGAGGGCGGAGAAGGAAAAUUGCCGAUUGUAAACGUAGAAUAUGAAGAUAAAAACAAAAAGCAUCAUCGUAACUAUACUACUGAUUUAAGAAUUAGUGGAGCAAUUUGCUUGGAUAUGGACUUUCCUGAACUAUUAAACCAAGCAUCAUCAGCAAAUUUAGUUCUUUCGCCGGCACAAACCUUCUCAACUUAUGUAGGUUUGCAACAUUUAAGAAUGUCGUCGAUCAGGGCAAUCGAAAAUGGGUAUUGGAUAUUACGUUGUGAUCAAGGCGGUGCAAGUGGUUUGAUAGAUCCAUUAGGUAGAAUUCGUAAUUAUGAAAUUUCCAUAAGAAAAAAUAUCCAACUGAUUACUUGGGAUGUCCCAUUCGACUCCAUAAAAAAAGUUGAUACUUAUUACGGAGCCCUGGGUGAAACUUUGGUGUGGGUUUUUAUAGGGUUCUUAAUUUCGUCGAGAGCUUAUUGGGUAUUUGGAAAAGAAAGCCAUGUUGAGUUUGUUCGAAAUUUUGUAGAUAAUUUUUAUAGUGAUAAAGUUCAAUAUAUAGAUGAUCGAAUUGAAAAUAUUAUUUUGAAUAAUUUUUAA